AUUUGGGAGAAGACAGAAAUGACUCACAUGUAAGCAUUCAGGCCAAGUUCUCUCAGGGCAGUGGUACAGUCUUCUGCUCCUGCCCCAGGUAGCUCCACGGAUGGAAGUUACAGGGGUCCAGUGGUAAGGACAACUCAAGGGAAACUGAGACUCAGAGGAACAUGCAGUGGACACCCAGAGUGCUUGAGCAUGCUGGUUGCAUGGCCUAUGUGCAUGGAGUGUCCUAGAAGAGGAGUGGGGUCUGGGGAGAAGCAGGUGGGAAGCAGAAAGCCAAGGCUAAGGCCCCCUCUCUUGCCCAGCCUGCUGAACCUUUGUGGGCCGGCCCAGCUCUGUUCAACCCAGAGCAUAAGCCUCUCGUUCUUGGUGUGAGAGCCGUUGGCUUGCGUUUGCGGGGUAUGACCCGAGAGGGCCCCAGCCCAGACCCUUCCCUGUGUCUACGCUUCCCUUUGGCCAAGCCAGACCCCCAGGGUGGCUGCACCUCCAAGCCAGGCUGCUGGGGGUGGGGAGUGCACCAUAGUAGGAGAAGCCCUGAUUAACCGUCCCCUCUAGCUCCCACUUCCCAAUAGGUCAAAGACAUGGAAGGGAGAGGAUCUGAGGCCAGCUGGGCCCCACAAGCUUUCGCCCAGGGUCACCCAAGAGUUGUGCUCCCUCCCCUCCCUUUGAUCUGCUCUGACACCUCUCAGAGGAUGGGGGACCCCUGGACCUCUGUGACUUGAUGGGGAGAACGCAAGAGAAAGUGGGUCAGUGCAGGCCCGGGUUGAGCUCUGUGGGGACGCUUACUGGGGAGGUGCUGGAGGGUUGGCAAGAGCCUGGAGCCAGAUCUAGGAAACCUGAGCGACAUCGCCGUCAAUACUCUUAUAGGCCACCAUUUCACAGCUAGGGGAAACUGAGUCGCAGCCGGGAUGGGCAGCUUGUGCCAGGAGGGUGGUCUUGCAGGAUGCCUUAGCCACACUGGCCCCUGCAUUGCCAGAACUGUUUCCUCAACUGCAGGGGUAGGGCUGUGGGCUCUUUUACUGGGGGUAAACCGAGGCCUGGGAAGGAGGACUCGGCCGGAAAAUGCUACCUCCGCGGUACGGGGGUGGGGAAGCCCUGACUGACCUGACUGCAGGGGCAGAGGGCGACCCCGGCCCAAGGCUGCAGGCAAGACCCGCUCCGCGCCGGUCGGGGCGGGGCUUCGCCCCGCCCAAUUGGCCGCCCGCCGCCCCUCCCCUCCCGGGUGAGACCCCAGCCGAUUGGCUGCUAUCCACCCCGCCCCAGCUUGGCCCCUCCCGAUUGGCUGCUCGCCUCACCGUCCCGCCCCUCCCGAUUGGCCGCUGGUCGCGCCUAGCCAGGUCGGCCCCGCUGGGAGCGAGUCCGCCUAACCCGAGCUGAGCGGCCGAGGCACCGCAGCUGAACCCAGUCCAGCCGCCGCCACCGCCGGCUCGCGUCCCCCGCGCCCGGCCCGAUGCCGGCCGAACUCAGACAGGAGCAGAGCCCAGGCAGCCAGGCCUCUUUGGCCAUGAUGCCGGAGGCGCCUGAGGUGCUGGAGGAGACAGUGACGGUGGAGGAGGACCCUGGCACCCCCACCUCCCAUGUGUCCAUCGUCACAUCGGAAGAUGGCACCACUCGUCGCACUGAGACCAAGGUCACCAAGACAGUCAAGACGGUGACCACUCGAACAGUGCGCCAGGUGCCCGUGGGCCCUGAUGGCCUCCCCCUGCUGGACAGUGGCCACCCACUGGGCCCCUUCACCGAUGGCCCCCUGGACCGACACUUCCUGCUGCGCGGGGGUGGCCCGGCAGCCACUCUCUCCCGCACCUGCCUUGGCAGCGGAGGCGGCUUUCCUGACGAGCCCCGCGACGUCCCCAGCUAUGGCAGCCUGUCCCGCGGGCUGGGUGUGCGGCCUCCGCGCGGAGGCCCCCUGGGCCCAGGCUCUGGUGAUGGCUGCUUCACGCUGCCCAGCCGCCGGGAGGCCUUCCCCGCGGGCCCUGAGCCUGGGCCACCAGCCGGCCGCUCCCAGCCCGAGCGGUUCCAGGCAGAGCCGUAUGGCUUGGAGGACGACACUCGCAGCCUGGCUGCUGAGGACGAGGGGGGCCCGGAGCUGGAGGCUGACUGUGGCACAGCCGCACGGAGGAGGCCAGACUGUGGGCGGGGCCUGCGCACCAGGGCCUACGAGGACGUGGCGGACGAUGGCGGUGAGCUGAUGGAGGAGCGGCCCCCCUUCCCAGCCACGACGGCGCCCCUGGCCCAGCCAGAACAUGGCAGCCUGGGCAGCCUGGACCGGGCAGUGCGGCGCUCACCCUCGGUGGACAGUGCCCGCAAGGAGCCGCGCUGGCGGGACCCCGAGCUGCCCGAGGUGCUGGCCAUGCUGCGGCACCCCGUGGACCCCGUGAAGGCCAACGCGGCCGCCUACCUGCAGCACCUGUGCUUUGAGAACGAGGGUGUCAAGCGCCGCGUGCGGCAGCUGCGGGGGCUGCCGCUGCUUGUGGCCCUGCUGGACCACCCGCGGGCGGAGGUGCGGCGCCGGGCCUGUGGGGCACUGCGGAACCUCUCGUAUGGCAGGGAUGCUGACAACAAGGCCGCCAUCCGGGACUGCGGCGGAGUGCCUGCCCUGGUGCGCCUGCUGCGGGCUGCCCGGGACAGCGAGGUCCGCGAGCUUGUCACAGGCACACUCUGGAACCUGUCGUCCUACGAACCCCUGAAGAUGGUCAUCAUUGACCACGGCCUGCAGACGCUGACCCAUGAGGUCAUUGUGCCACACUCGGGCUGGGAGCCAGAGCCCAACGAAGACUCCAAGCCACGGGAUGCUGAGUGGACGACUGUCUUCAAGAACACAUCAGGCUGCUUGAGGAAUGUGAGCUCAGAUGGUGCAGAGGCCCGGCGGCGACUCCGUGAGUGUGAGGGGCUGGUGGACGCACUCCUGCACGCCCUGCAGUCGGCCGUGGGCAGGAAGGACACGGACAACAAGUCAGUGGAGAACUGCGUGUGCAUCGUGCGGAACCUCUCCUACCACGUGCACAAGGAGGUGCCGGGGGCUGACAGGUACCAGGAGGCCGAGCCCAGGCCCCCGGGCAGUGCCAUGGGUGCCCAGCGCCGGAGGAGGGAGGACGCCGGCUGCUUUGGUGGCAAGAAGGCCAAAGAAGAGUGGUUCCAUGAAGGGAAGAGGGAUGGUGAGAUGGACCGGAACUUUGACACUCUGGACCUACCCAAGCGGACUGAGGCUGCCAAAGGCUUCGAGCUGCUGUACCAGCCCGAGGUAGUGCGUCUCUACCUGUCCCUCCUGACGGAGAGUCGGAACUUCAACACUCUGGAGGCCGCAGCCGGUGCCCUGCAGAACCUCAGUGCCGGCAACUGGGUGUGGGCCACGUACAUCCGCGCCACAGUGCGCAAGGAGCGCGGGCUGCCGGUGCUGGUGGAGCUGCUGCAGUCAGAGACCGACAAGGUGGUGCGCGCCGUCGCCAUCGCCCUGCGCAACCUCUCGCUGGACCGGCGCAACAAGGACCUCAUCGGGAGCUACGCCAUGGCCGAGCUCGUGCGAAAUGUGCGCAGCGCGCAGGCACCUGCGCGGCCCGGGGCCGGUCUGGAGGAGGACACAGUGGUGGCCGUGCUCAACACCAUCCACGAGAUCGUGUCUGACAGCCUGGACAACGCGCGCUCGCUGCUGCAGGCCCGCGGCGUGCCUGCGCUGGUGGCACUUGGCGCCUCCAGCCAAUCGGUGCGCGAGGCGAAGGCCGCAUCCCACGUGCUGCAGACGGUGUGGAGUUACAAGGAGCUGCGUGGUGCUCUGCAGAGGGACGGCUGGACCAAGGCGCGCUUCCAGUCGGGUUCUGCUAAUGCCAAGGGCCCCAAGGCACCACCGAGUCCCGGAGGCUUGGACGAUAGCACACUGCCGCUGGUGGACAAGAGCCUGGACGGUGAGAAGCCAGGCAGCCGGGACGUGAUCCCCAUGGAGGCACUUGGCCCAGAUGGAUACUCCGCCGUUGACCGGAGGGAGUGCAGGGCUCGAGGCAGUGAGCCUGCAGGGGAGGCCUCUGAGAAGGAAUCGUUGAAACCCGACCCCGGCAGGAAGGUUCCUCCUCCCGGGCCCAGCAGACCCGCAGUCAGGCUGGUGGACGCCGUGGGGGACGCUAAGCCUCAGCCUGUUGACUCCUGGGUCUAGCUUGCAUGCCUGGGCCUGGGCCCAGCCGUUUGCUCUUAGGGUCGGAUCUCGGAAGAAGGGACCUCGGGGAAAGGACCUCCAGGCGGCCUGCGCAGACCCCGCCGUGGAGCUGGGAGCCCCUGGUGGCGGGGGUAGGCAGCUCCUCUUUCCCUGGAGCUGUGGGUUCUGGACACGCCUGCCCUCCCGCCCUCGCUCCCCGCUUCUAACUCCCAGGCGAGUUAGUUUACUGAUAUGGUGCUGUGUGCCAGUGGGAGCCCGGUGGGGCCCAGGGCCGGGCACCUGGCUUUGCUUUGGGGCUGGCGGGGCCCCUGAGGAGCUGGGUGGGGGUGGGCCCCUGGGGCCCCGCAGCCAGGCAGGGAGGGGGCUCAGUGAAGGGAGUCUGAACCCAAGGGUGGAGGGGCUUCCCUGGGCCCUGAGUGGGGGGCGACCCACAGAGAGGCUUUGGAGGGCCCCGCCCACCCCCAGAUGCCUGGAGCGCCUUCCCUGCUCGGCUCUGGCCCCUGAGUAGCGCCUCUGGGACUGACCUUUGGCAGCAGCAGUGGGGGACUGCUGUUCAGUGCCUGCUGUUUGUGACUUAAAAACAAGAAAAACACUAAUGAAAACAAUUAAAAACAAAACCAAAAUAAGACUAUGGGUAAACAUCUAAAUUUUUGUAAGAAAAAUUAAAAAUUAAAAAAAACAACAAA